AUGUCAGGAAUGAUGUGCAGCAGCAACAGUGUUGUUCAGGCACAAAAACUGGUGGAUCAACUUCGGUUGGAGGCAAACAUGGAGAGAAUCAAGAUCUCACUGACAGCCGCAGACUUGGUCCGGUACUGCCAGGACCACAGGCGCAGUGACCCUCUGCUCACUGGCAUCGCUGCCUCAUCCAAUCCUUUCAAAGAUAAGAAGACCUGUGUGCUGCUUUGACAGUCCUGAGUCGAGAUGACCGACACACGACAGGCUGCCACGUGGACAACUGCUAUCGACGACUGAUUCUUUACUGUAUGGCAAUCAAUGGUUCAUUCUUGUUAACACUUCAUUACAAUUGAACAACUCCAACCAAUACUUCAGACACUAGUUUUUCAAGUAAUUUAACAGUCUUUCAAUGUGUUUUAAUGGAUGCAUCUGUCAAGUAUUGUGCAAAUGAUUUAUAGUUAGAUUUAUCCGAACAAUUAAAUGGUUACACAUUGUUAAAACUAGCAUACACACACACAUACACACACAGAAUGGAUAUACAGACAUAUUGACAAAAAGGAUCAUAUUGUUUAGCACUGUUGAAUGUGUUUAAAUAAAUAGCUUUACAAAUACAA